AGCGCGUGGCGGUACAUCCCGGAGCACUUGGCCUGCCGGAUACACACAGACGGUGUCUAGCACACACACAGUGUCUAACACACACACACAGUGUCUAACACACAGACAGUGUCUAACACACAGACAGUGUCUAACAGACAGCACAGACAGUGUCUAACACACACACAGUGUCUAACACACAGACAGUGUCUAACACACACAGUGUCUAACACACAGACAGUGUCUAACACAGACAGCACACACACAGACAGUGUCUAACACACAGACAGUGUCUAACACACAGACAGUGUCUAACACACAGACGGUGUCUAACACACACAGCACACACACACAGACAGUGUCUAUACACACACAGUGUCUAACACACAGUGUCUAACACACACAGUGUCUAACACACACACAGUGUCUAACACAGACAGCACACACACAGACAGUGUCUAACACACACACAGUGUCUAACACACACAGUGUCUAACACACACAGACGGUGUCUAACACACAGACAGUGUCUAACACACAGUGUCUAACACACAGACAGUGUCUAACACAGACAGCACACACAGACAGUGUCUAACACACACAGUGUCUAACACAUACAGACAGUGUCUAACACAGCCAGCACACACAGACAGUGUCUAUACACACAGACUGUCUAACACAGUGUCUAACACACACAGACAGUGUCUAUACACACAGCACACACACAGACAGUGUCUACACACACACAUCCCGCGUGUCUAACACACACACGGCAUCUAUACACACCCCUAGUAUUUACUGCACACACACAGAGCACCUGUACACACACACACACCCCUAGUGUCUAACACACCCCUAGUGUCCAACACACCCCUAGUGUCUAACACACACACACAGAACCUACCUCAUGUACACACAGCACCUACAGUGUCUACGACACAUUCCCAGCACCUAUCUUCUACACACGCACACACUAUCUACUACUACACGUACAGCACCGAGAAUAUCUUACCCACAGCAGGGACAUCAUAUCCUACGUGUACAGCAUAGAUAUACACAGUAGCUACUACACACACAGCACCCACACAUACCAAGUUCCUCUCAUCUGCUCACAGUAUCUUAUUCAUUAUCCUCUACACCUCAUAUAGAUUAAUAUAAAACACACAGCCCCUGCUGUUGCACACAUUUCGCCGACUAUACACGUCGGGCAUCUAUAAAUACCCGGCACCGCCUCUAACAAUUAGCGUGGGCUCACCAGGGACUGCAUCUUCCGCACUACCCCGCAGGGACCUGCAAACCUUCGACUCUCAACUCAUGGGCCAGCCCCACCAGCAAUCAAAGCAAGAUCUCUGUACCACCAGCCCAGCAAGUCGUUCUUGACUCUUCCUGCUGGUGGAGAGAGAGCGUCUGCCAGAAGCACUCACAACAUCUCCUGCCCCAGUAUUACCGCAGGAGCAACAAGGACAUCAUCAUCAUCUUGGCCACGAUCCUGAAGCGACCUCAAGGAUAUCGACAUCAUCAGCAGCAGUAUCUUCAUCCUUUGGGAAAAGCAGGGACGGCGAGAAUACCACCAACACCAUCAUCAUCACCCUGAUCCUGUGGGACCAGCAUCUCUCUCCAUGUCCUCCCCGCCUCGCUGACCACCAUCCUCCUCUCCAGAGCACCGUGCUACCGGGACACCCUUCCCCUGCUGUGACAACAGAGUCUCGUCUGGUGGCCCCGGGGAGAUUCCCCUCGACUCCUAGAGGACCUUGGCAAGGCAGAAUAGGAGUGGGAGUGAACGACUGUCACGGCCAUGGGGAAUGGUCUUUCAGGCGAUAACCCAGUGCUGGCAAACUUCCCAAGCUUCCAGCCGCUGCAUGUGGCCAUAAUUGGCCUGGACUCUGCAGGGAAGACUACUUUGCUCUGCCGCCUUAAGCUCCAUGAUUUUGUGCACACGGCACCGACCAUCGGCUUCAACACGGAGCGGCUGCGUGUAACCCUGGGACAGGGCAGGGUGGCCAACUUCCACUUUUGGGAUGUUGGCGGCCAGGAGAAGGUGCGGCCACUCUGGAAAUCGUACACACGCUGCGCCGACGGCAUCGUGUUUGUCACGGACGCGUCCGACCCUGAGCGUCUCGAGGAGGCCCGCACGGAGCUGCAUCGCAUCGCACGGACGCCAGAGUGCCAGGGUGUGCCAUUCCUUGUCGUUGCCAACAAGCAGGACCUACCCGAUGCCUUGCCCCCUCAUCAGCUGGAGAAGCUUCUAACCCUGACUGAUCUGGGUCCCACCAUACUGUGGCACAUACAGCCCGUGUGCGCUGUCACAGGACAGGGUGUCUACGAGGGACUUGAUAAGCUCUACGAGAUGAUCCUGAAGAGGAGGAAAGUGGUCAAGUGGCAGAAGAAAAAUAAUAAUAAGCGGUAAAGACCGCUUGUGGUGGUCUGCAAGAAGGACUCCUUAUUUUAUAAUCACUGAUUUAGGCAGUGUUGGCAAAGAAGUAACUUUAAAUCCUGUUUGUUUGGAUGCAGUUUUUGUUUGUUCAUGGUCAGCACAACAGACUGGAAUUGUGCGUAAAGAUGAACUGUUACAGAUGAUAUUGUUGUGGCCAAACUUCUAAUGUGGGAAAGCAUUUUGUUGUUGUGGUUUGAAACCUUUGGCCCCUUGGUUAAUACAAUAAGUGCACAGCUCAUUUUUUGAAAAACGCAUUGUUUACAUGGAGUCUGUAACAUCAACAAUUUUUAAGCUACCGUACUUCUUUUCUUAAACUAAAACAGUGCUUUAUAGUUUUUUAGGAUUGUUUAAAAAGUACAAAUUUGUAAGAUAAAAAAAACGUUAUUGCAUGUACAAUAGCAGCACUCUUUAAAGUUAUUACGUUGUUUAUUACUGUAUUGAGGCUUUUUUUUACAUUUCCUGUUAAUAUUGUUACACAAUGACGGAACAUCUGUAAGAGUAGAGCUAGAGUACAUAUUUAAUAGUGCGUUUAGUUGAAAAUGAUUAAAAAAAUAAAACAUUACAAGUGCAGGUU